UAUUCUACCGGUUGUGCUUGGAAUAAAACACGCUCUGAUCAAACCUCUACUUUCUUUAUUCGAAAGUAAAAUUGAAUUCGAUUGACCGAUGUGUUCGAGACCAAGUAUCGAUAGUGUCAGUUCUUUUCAUCGCUGGAUUAAAGUAAAGUACUAAUUUUCGAGUGAAUAUAAAUAUUAAAAAAGUCAAUAAUCAACAGAAAGUGUUAACUAAAUAAUAGUACAUCAUUUUUAAAAUUUUCGUAGUUGUAUCAUAUGAUAAUUAGUUAAGAGACAUUAAAAAAGGUGAAAAUUUAAAAAAUUUGCGCCAUCCUGACGUCAUAAGCGCCUGCGCAUCCAAGAAUGAGUGAUGAUAAAAUUUUCUCUGUAACAGAGAACAAUGAACCUCAGUGUGACACCAACGGGAGGUUAAAUGUUGGAUAUUUGCAAAACCAUAAGCAACUAAAGAAAAAUUUUACCAGUUGUUUAUUUGGUUUUAGUGUUUUUCUUUUGAUCAUAUGCUGUUGUUUAGUUGCAUUUAUUAUUGUUCUUUAUAAAAAUAUUCAUCCAAACGUGCUGCUACAAAACGAUUCGUUCCACAGUAAAACUUCACAAAUGGCAAGCAAAGAGGCUUUUAAGAAAACAGAUAUGACGUUUAGAUUGCCAAAAGAAGUCAAACCUCGUCAUUAUGAUCUUUAUCUUUAUCCAGAUUUGGAGAGUGGAACUUUCUCUGGAACUGUAACAAUUUUAAUUGAUGUAUUAGAUAGAAGAAAUUACAUUGCUCUUCAUCAGAAAGAUCUUACAAUAACCAAAACAACAUUAAAGACAACUGAUCUUAUAGAUAAUUAUGAACUGGCAAUUAAAGAAACAUUUACGAUAGACAAAUUAGAAGAACUCGUGGUUAAUUUGGAUAGUGAUCUUACUCCAGGCCGUUAUAAUUUAUCAUUUGAAUUUAAUGGUGCUCUGCAGCCAGAUAAAAUUGUUGGAUUUUAUGCUAGCAAAUAUAAAGAUCCAGAAAAUAGAACAAGAAUAAUAGCAACAUCAAAAUUCGAGCCUACUUAUGCUAGAAGAGCAUUUCCUUGUUUCGAUGAACCUGCCUUUAAAGCUGCAUUUUCAGUACAACUAGUUCACCCAACUGGAGACUGUUAUAGUGCUCUAUCCAGUAUGAAUGUUGAGAGUACAAUUGUAGAUAAACCAUCACCAGGAUUAACAACAGUAACUUUUGCCAAAAGUGUGCCAAUGUCUACAUAUUUAAUAUGUUUUAUUGUCAGUGAUUUUGUUUCUGUUACUGCUCCAGCUAAAAAGUUGGAUGGUAGUCCGAGCUUACCAAUUAGUGUUUACACUACACGAGCACAAAAAGAGAAAGGAUCAUUUGCCUUAGACAUUGGAGUAAAAAUAAUUGAAUAUUAUACACAACUAUUUAAAAUAGAUUAUCCUCUUCCUAAACUUGACAUGGCUGCUAUACCAGAUUUUGUAUCUGGAGCCAUGGAGAAUUGGGGGUUGAUUACAUACAGAGAAGCUAGGGUUCUCUAUGAUCAAAAAACCAGUUCAACGUCAGAUCAAGAAGGUGUUGUUCAAGUUAUUGCACAUGAAUUCGCUCAUAUGUGGUUCGGAAAUCUAGUUACCAUGGCUUGGUGGAAUGAUCUUUGGUUGAACGAAGGUUUUGCUAGUUAUAUGCAAUACAAGAGUGCUGAUAAUAUUCUUCCUGAAUGGGGAUUGAUGGAUCAAUUUUUAAUAAAAACUCUCCAUCCAGUGUUCAUAACGGAUGCUAAAUUAAGUUCUCACCCAAUAGUUCAAACUGUAAAUAAUCCAGAUGAAAUUACAGCUAUUUUUGAUGUCAUUACAUAUAGCAAGGGAGCUUCAGUACUUCGAAUGCUUGAAAAUUUCAUAACCCCGGAAAUUUUUAUUGCUGGAGUGACAAAAUAUUUAAAUCAAUUUGCAUAUCAAAAUGCAGAAACAUCAGAUCUUUUCAAUAUUCUUCAGCAAAGUAUCAAGAGUAAUAUUAACAUUACAGCUAUAAUGGAUACAUGGACUCGGCAAAUGGGACUACCAGUUGUUAGUGUUGAAAAAAAUGAAAUGACUUAUAUUUUAAAACAAAAAAGAUUUUUGAUCGAUCCAGAAGCUAAAUUUAAUCCAACAGAAUCUGAUUAUGGAUACAAAUGGACUAUUCCUAUCACUUACAUAACCGAUAAAAGUUUAACACCCACUUUAGUUUGGUUUGAUAAAGAUAUGACUAGUCUUGAAAUAAAAUUAAAUGAACCUGUUGAGUGGAUCAAGUUUAACCACAAUCAAGUAGGCUAUUAUAGAGUAAAUUAUAGUCAACAGGAAUGGGAAAAUCUUCUAGACGUAUUAAAAUGGCAUCACAAACGACUUACCAUUUCUGACAGAACAAGUUUGAUCGAAGAUGCAUUCAGUUUAGCAGAAGCUUCUCAACUUGAUUAUACAAUUGCUAUGAAUAUUACUUCUUACUUAGGGCAAGAGCGUAGUGCAGUUCCUUGGCGAGUAGCAGAAGCAAAAUUAUUAGCUAUUGAUUCUCUACUCGCUUCUACCAGUAUUUCACCGAAAUUCCGUGAAUAUGUAAGAAGUAUUGUAGAAAUUCCUUAUCAUGAUGUAACGUGGCAAGUUGAUAAUUUUGAAGAUCAUGAUACUUUAAGUUUAAGAACGUCAAUUUUAAAUUUAGCAUGUGCUGUCGGUCACACUGAGUGCCUUGAUGAGGUUGGAAUUAUUUUUAAGCGUUGGGUAGAUGAUUUUCAUGAUGAAAGACCUCAUCCAGAUAUUAGAAGUUUAGUUUACAAGUAUGGAAUGAGUCAUGUUGGUAAAGAAGCUGAAUGGAAUGUUGUUUUUCAACGAUUUAUUAAUGAAACAAAUGCCAAUGAGAAGCUUAAGUUAAUGAGAGGAUUAGCAGCCGUACGAUCAAGUUAUUUGCUCAAUAAGUUUAUUGGAAUUGCUGUUGAUUUAAAUUAUGUAAGAUCUCAAGAUACUUUUGGGUGUUUAAUAGCAAUUGCAAGAAAUCCAAUUGGAACGGGAUUAGUUUGGGAUUGGGUUCGUGAAAAUUGGGAGUUUUUAGUUAAACGAUAUACAUUAAAUGAUCGUUACUUAGGCCAACUAGUGCCUGCAAUAUGUCAAUCAUUUGCUACAGAGUCAAAACUUGAAGAAAUGAAAGCUUUCUUUGAAAAGUACCCGGAAGCAGGUGCUGGAAAAGCAUACAGAGUACGAGCUCUUGAAACAGUUGCAAACAAUAUUAAAUGGGUCAAAACUAAUAGUGCUAAAUUAGAAGGUUGGUUAAACUCUCAUUCGAAAUAAUAAUAUUGAAAAAUGUAAUUAUUUAUUCUAUUUGCAUUUAACUGAUCUUAUUCAAAGAAUUCAAAUAUUUCAUUAAUUAUUAUAAAUAAUGCAAAUUCUUUUUCACAAAUGAUUGUUAUAUAUUAAAGUUUAUUAAAUUUAAGUUGAAGUAAUUAAUAAUUAUCUGGAGAUUAAUACUUGAUGAAUUGUCACUUACAUGAUGCUUAAUUUUUUGUAAUAGUACAAUGUAAUAAUUAU